AGCAACGUAACGGUACGGUACUAGCGCAAAGCGUCAUCGGGCAAUAUUUACUUCGAACUCAACUCUUCGCAGAAGGAAAGAGCAACAUAUCCGGCCGAUUUAAGACAUGGCGGCCGACCUAGCAAGCCAGAGGCCGGGAGGGGAUGCGCUGAAACCUGUGCAUGUGGCUGAUGGGGAGGAUUUAGAGAUGAAACACUCUUUCUAUGACCAAUGGCAGAGGAAAGGAAAGAGUAGAGUCGGCACUAGGGGAGAGGAAGAGUCAAAGGGAGGAAGCUCUACUAGCCGACAAGAAUCCAUACUGGACUUUUCUAAGCUUCCUGUCCAAAUCAAGUCAACUUCAAAGUUCAACGUUGGUCUAGCUUGCAACCAUAAACACGGCAGAGCUAAAAGUGCAACGCAUGAUGCUGAAGAGGAGAGGCUAGCAAGAGAAAGACAAAAGGAAAUCAAUGUUUUAUCACUCCUGAUAAUGGCAAGGCGGAAAGCUUUAGAGAGCUACAAAUUACGAGAAGAAACACUAUUAAUUGAAAAUUCAAAGAUGAGAUUAGAAAUAGAAAGCAGUGAGAAGGAUGUGCAUAAAGAAGUCAAGACGCUGCUUCAAAAAUAUGAGAGAUAUCGGGGAGCUGUAUCAACUCUGUCAACCAAGUUUGAAUCUCAGAAGGAGUCAGCGAACGCUGAACUUAAUCAGGCUCAGGACAAGAUAGCAAAAGAUGUCCUAGUUCUUCAGAAACAAGUAGAUGCUGCUGAUAGCCUGCUGAACGAGACCAAGAAAGAGCUGGCGACCUUAACAAGUUACAAGGACAAGGAGUAUCCGGUCCGAGCUAUGCGCAUCAGGGAGCUCCAUAAACAGAUCAAAUAUCUUGCCAAAGAAUUCAAGGCUGAGCAAGAUGAACUUGAUAAGAUAAUCCAAGUGGAGACUUCCAAGUACACUACGAGGAGAGAUGAUAGACUGAGGGAGAUCCAGUCCCAGGCGACGGACUUUGCUCAGGAUCUCAUGCAAGAGGGGGUCAAGGAUAUGGCCAUACAUAAUAUCACUAUGAAGAAGGAAAUUGAGGGACACAUAGAGGAGAACGAAGCACUAGAAACCAUCAUUCAACACCUGAAAGAGGACGUCAAAUCAAUGAGCACAGACCCUAAAAGUGAUGUCAGAAAGCAGAUGUUCCCUCAUCUCUACAAAGAAGUUCAAAAAUGUACCCCCGAUAUGGACGUUGAGCUGGACAUUCCUCGUCACGACUGGCUUCCGAUAUGAUUGCACGGUCAAAUUGGCCACAACGACCCACCCAUCUUUCCAGCUUUCGUUCCGUCCUCUGAGCAUUCUUGAUAUGUCAUCUAAGGAUUACUGAACUGUGAAAUCAGACUGUAACUACAGGGUCACGUGACAGGAAAUU